AUGGUGGCAACUCUCAGGGCCGAGGAAGGGAAAAAUACGAAGCCCCCGAUGUGGAUGCGUUUUCUCUCCUCAAAAAAUCAAAGCAAGCAGCAGCUCCUCACGGACCGCGUCGGCAAGGGCCAAGGCAUCCCUAGGAGCCCCGUCAGUCUGGCUUCCAAGGCGGUCGUCCGGCACACCGGGACUCACGGCCGGAAACCCGCCGCCGGCCACUUCAGUCCUUCCGUUUCGACCGUGCAACAGAGCACCGUCACCAUUUCGCAGACGACCGUCAGCGGCAGUGGUACCCACGCCGCCGAGUGCGAGCCCCUGCAUGGGGAACAGCAGAAGCCCAUUCAGUCGACGCAGAGCACCGUCAUACAAAUGCGUGAAACUACGGUGUAUACCCCCGAGGCGUCCCCGAAAGACACACACAAGGAGCUGCCGCCGAACCCUCCGCCGGAAGACAGGCGUUUCUCUCAGCCGCAACCCGUAUCGUUGCAAGAUGCUGCCGCGGAGCGGAGCAACUACGAGAUGGUCCUGGAAGACCGUAUGUCAUUCAUCGAAGAGCAAGCCAGGACGAUCGAGGAGAACCGGAGCACUAUUGAAGAGCACGAAAAGGCCAUUGAGAGGCAGGGCAACGUCAUCAAAGAGCGCGACAAGGUCAUUGAGGACAUGAACAAGAUCAUUGGCGACAUGGCAGAUGACCGGUCGGCCCUCCUGCAGAGGAUCGCCGACGAAAAGAACCGACACGCCGACGAAGUCCAAGAGCUGAACCAGACCCUUGCCGUCUUCAGAACCAAGAUCAUCAACGCCGCCGACAAGAGCGCCAACAUCCCGGCCCAGGCGCCCCUCAGCCGGCCCGAGAGCGAGCUUCUCAAGGACUGGGGGGAGCUCGCCUACGACAUCCGCAACCUGGUCGCCAACCACUACGGCGGCGGCCUCUGGGAGAACAAGAUUGUGUCCUGGGCCAAGAUCAACACGGAGUGGCUCCACGAGGUGACGCCGAAUCCGCUCUCCGCCGCCGCCGACAGGAAGUCGGGCCCUGCCCUGGUUGAGGCCGCCGUCUGGAAGGCCCUUGUCAGAUUCGUGUUCGGGGACACUGGCGGCGUCGCGCCCAUGUGCUGGGCGGGAAGAUACAAGGGAAGAUUACACAGGCUGACAUCGAGUUUGCAACGAAACCUGGAAGAAUCAGGACAGCACGGUGCUCUAUACCAACAGUGGAAGGCCCUGACGGUCAGCAUCGUCUCGAUUAUCCAGCCGCCCCACGACCACGACGAGGAAGUUCAUUCGAUCCUCGACGACCUGGAAGAGUUCUUCGAGCCCUGCCGGUCGAGGAUCAAAAACUCGGGUGCGUACCGCCGCGAGCUGCAGGCCGUUGUCACCAAGGCCAUCGAGCUGGACCGCAAGUUCUCCGGCCAGCAAGCAUGCUAUGCCGUCAGCUGGCCGCUCCAGGGGGGGUCGAGGGUUGCCUUUGACCAGAAAUCGAUGAAGGUGGCGACGGGGAGCCCGCAGUCAAGAAACGUCGAGUUCAUGAUCCAGCCCUGUCUGUGGAGGUCGGGGGAGCCGGGGGACUUUGAAAACUUCAUGGUCAUUGACCAAUGCACCGUUUGGCUGUACUAG